AAAACAAUGUCUUAAAACUCAAAAUUGUAUUAAAGUACUUUUAUUACAGUAAACAGUGGCACAUACAUAUAGCCAGAGGCUAUAUAAAUCAAAUAUAAUAUAUCUGUUGACUGGACAUAGAUAAGAAACGAGUAAGCAAACCAAACACACACAAACAAAUGUAUUAUAAGAAAUCUUACAAUAGAAGCCACCUUGAGGCGCAGGUAAAUCACUGACAGCGCCCUCGUGAGGCGGGCGGAGCUAAGUGUCCAGGUUAGCGAGCCGGUGGCUAACGUUAGCAGACAGACACGUCCACACUCAGUCCUGCUGCUGGAUGCUGGACACAUGUCGAGCUGCCGCUGGGAGAAAUGCUAGCUAGGAGCCAGCCUUCAACCUGCCUCCGCACGCACACUACCUGAGCUCCCGGCCCAGCCAUGUUCGGCACAGAGUCCUCAUUAAGCAUGUUUCUCAACACCCUCACGCCCAAGUUUUACGUGGCUCUGACUGGCACUUCCUCCCUCAUAUCAGGACUCAUAUUGAUCUUUGAGUGGUGGUAUUUCAGGAAAUAUGGGACAUCCUUCAUUGAGCAGGUGUCUGUAAGUCACCUGCGCCCCCUGCUGGGAGGAGUGGACAGCAGCUCCCCCACCAAUUCCAACACCAGUAAUGGGGAGGCUGACUCAAAUCGACAAAGUGUGUCCGAAUGUAAAGUAUGGCGAAAUCCUCUGAAUUUAUUUCGUGGAGCUGAGUAUAAUCGAUAUACGUGGGUAACCGGUCGAGAGCCACUGACGUACUAUGACAUGAACCUGUCGGCACAAGACCACCAGACCUUCUUCACCUGUGACUCGGACCACCUCCGGCCCGCUGACGCCAUAAUGCAGAAGGCGUGGAGAGAGAGGAACCCACAGGCUCGUAUCUCUGCAGCACAUGAAGCUCUGGAGCUUGAAGAUUGUGCGACAGCAUAUAUCCUCCUGGCGGAGGAGGAGGCCACCACCAUCAUGGAGGCCGAACGUUUGUUUAAACAGGCACUAAAAGCUGGAGAGAGCUGCUAUCGCCGCAGCCAGCAGCUCCAGCAUCAUGGUACACAGUAUGAAGCCCAGCACAGAAGAGACACCAAUGUGUUGGUGUAUAUAAAGAGAAGACUGGCCAUGUGCUCCAGAAAGCUCGGCCGAACACGGGAAGCCGUUAAAAUGAUGAGAGAUUUGUGUGUUUUCCAGUUAAUGAAGGAGUUCCCUCUCCUCAGUAUGUUCAACAUCCAUGAGAACCUGCUGGAGUCACUACUAGAGCUCCAGAACUACGCUGACGUCCAGGCCGUUCUGGCCAAGUAUGACGAUAUUAGCUUACCCAAAUCUGCAACAAUAUGCUACACAGCAGCCUUGCUCAAAGCAAGGGCGGUAUCAGACAAGUUCUCUCCAGAGGCAGCGUCCAGACGAGGGCUGAGCACAGCAGAGAUGAAUGCAGUAGAAGCCAUCCACAGAGCGGUGGAGUUCAACCCUCACGUCCCCAAAUAUCUGCUGGAGAUGAAGAGUCUGAUUCUUCCUCCAGAACACAUCUUGAAGCGAGGCGACAGUGAGGCCAUCGCCUACGCCUUCUUCCACUUGCAGCACUGGAAAAGGGUGGAGGGGGCACUCAACCUACUGCACUGCACCUGGGAGGGCACAUUCAGAAUGAUCCCCUAUCCUCUGGAGAAGGGUCACCUGUUCUACCCCUACCCCAUCUGCACAGAGACAGCCGACAGAGAGCUGCUACCCAUGGAAGCAGUGUUCCACGAGGUGUCAGUCUACCCGAAGAAGGAGCUGCCCUUCUUCAUCCUCUUCACAGCCGGUCUCUGCUCCUUCACCGCCAUGCUAGCUCUGCUCACACACCAGUUCCCUGAGCUCAUGGGAGUGUUUGCUAAAGCUUUCCUCAGCACGCUGUUUGCUCCUCUGAACUUCAUCAUGGAGAAGGUGGAGAGCAUCCUGCCGUCCAGCCUCUGGCACCAACUCACCCGCAUCUGACCUCCAGCGACCCCACCGGACCAGAACCAGGAAGCCGACCUCCAUCCAGACAGAAACAGCUGAACUGAAACCCAGAAUGCUGCAUUGGACUGGACUGACACACCUCUGUGCCAAGAGUUCAAACCAAACCGCAAACAGACGAGGACGACGGGAGGAGGAGUUACAGACGAAAAGAAAACACAACAGAAUCCAGAAUUGGUUUUGACUUUAUUUGAUAUGUUUGCAUUUUUUGGGGUUUUCGAUCAUUUACAGCUGUUCUUUUGUUGUACAAAAAGAGGUGAUAAAUUGCCAUCAUUAAAAAAGUGAAAAGACAAAAAAUACAAUAAAGGACUUUUUGUG